GCAAAUAACAAACUAAAUUAAUUCAUAAGCAAAUACAUUACAUACUGAACAUUCAUUAUUAUAAAACUGAAGCUCGUCUUGUUGCCUUCAUUCUCUGAGCAUAGGGGAAAUAGGAGUACAUGAGAGUUUUUGGUGUGUGUGUUUCUUUUAGUGUUAGAUUAGAUUUAUUCAUAGUUAAAGGAUGGUGUUUGGCUUCUUUCUGUGGUCUUGUCAAUAGCAGUCCUGUGAGUCAUUGCUCUGGCUCCCGGAACCACACCCUUAUCCUUAACAUUUGAAUUCCGCAUUGCCAGUGCUAUAAUCAUACUUACAAAGAAACGAAACUCAGUCAAGUACUGCCAUCGCCAGCAGAUCCACAGUCAUGGAGGAAACAGCUUCAGCUCUUCAUUCAAGUGGAUCCACAGAUGUCGAGUGUCAUGCAUGUGUUGGAAAGAAGCGCAAAGCUGAACAGACUUGUGUUGAGUGUGCAUCAUCAUACUGUGAGCAUCAUCUUGUCAUGCAUAACUCUUUGCAUGUGGGAAAGAGGCACAGGCUUGUGGAGCCGAACGCAGUGUUGCAGGAGAACAUCUGCCCUGAUCAUGGCAAAAUGCUUUUUGUGUACUGCCGCACAGACCAGCUGUGCAUCUGUCACCUGUGCAUUACUGAUAAACACAGAGGUCAUGAUGUCAUCCCAGUGGAAGAGGAAGUGGCCAAAAAACAGAUUAAGUUGGAGGAGUUGCAGAAGCAGACCAAUGACAUUAUUGAAGCUAAGGAGAAAGAUGUGCAAGAGCUGAAGCAAGCUGUAGAGCUUUUCAAGGUUAGAGGGCAUUUAUCUUUGCUUUGAAACUGUAACUGUCUUCAUUGUCGAUGGUAUUGUAUUGCUUGCAUAGCUAAAGACAUCCACUCUGCACUCUGUUCAUUCUUAGGCUUCAGCAUUUGAAGCACUGGAGAAGAAUGAGAAGAACUUCACUGAGCUGAUCCAGUCUAUCAAGGACAAUCAAAGCAAAGUAACAGAGCUGAUUCAAGGACAGACACAGUCUGCAGUGAAAGAAGCAGAGGGAUUUAUAAAGACUCUACAGCAGGAGAUCAGUAAUAUGAGGAACUUAGAUGCAGAUUUACAACGCCUGCAGCUGCUCUCUCAUACUAACACUGAUGUUCAAUUUCUAGAGGUACAGUGAUUAAAAAUGGCUGUGAAACAGAAAAGAGUGACUGUUGAAUUGUCUUGUAAAAUCUUCAGGUAAAAGUUCAAGUCACAUCUAUGGUGUGUUUUCUCUCUCUCUUUCUCCAGAGCGCUGAGUCUAUGCCCUCACUGACUGAGUAUAAAAAACCAUUCGUCUUCCUCGUGCAUCCGUACAAUUCUUUUGAGCGUGAUUCCUUGGCGGUUAAUGAACUAAUAGAAAAGCUAAACACGACCAGCAAGUUGAGUUUAUUCAUGAUUUCCAAAAAAGGUUAAUAGAAGUUUACAUUUAAAUAUAUUUAAUGUUAAUAUUAUGGGUACUUUUCCGUUUGAAAGGCUGCAUUCUAGUGUUGAGAAGGACUCGAUCUUGAAAGCCUCAGAAGGAGACAGCCUUACUAGUAAUCAGCCUUACAAUUAAAGGAUUAGUUCACGUCCAGAAUAAACAUUUCCUGAUAAUUUACUCACACCCAUGUCACCCAAGAUGUUCAUGUCUUUCCUUCUUCAGUCGCAAAAAAAUUAAGUUUUUUGAGGAAAACAUUCCAGGAUUUUUCUCCAUACAGUGGACUUCAGUGGCAGCCAAUGUGCUUACGAAUAACGGUCUUAUCUAGGGAAAUGAUCAGUCAUUUUCUACAUUUUUUUAAAUAAAAAUUAAUAAACUUUCUAUUGUUUUUAAACAAAAAUGUUCAUCUUGCAAUAGCUCCACAAUGCAUGCGCAACUUCAUGCAUUAUGUAAUCAAGUUAGAAAGGUCAUGUUUGGUCUUCGUCCGUGCUCUUCAGUUUAAAAAGGGAGGGUAGGCAGAAAAACUCCAUCUUGUUUUCUCCCCCGAAUUCAAAAUCAUCCGACAUUGUUCUUUUACCUUUUUUUCACGCUUACAUAUGAUUAGCUGAGGUAUGGAAUGCAUAUUUGGCGUGCUGUCCAGGGAUGGGCUCCGAGCUCGGGAAUGGCCCAAACCUAGAGUACCCCCCCCCCUCCCCGUAUAGUUGUAAAGUGAACCUCGAAGUGAGGAGAUGGGGUGGAGGAGGGAUGCUGAUAAACCGUCAAUGGAUAGAGGUAAGUCAGCGGUAUUUAUACUGUGGUAUUGAUUACUUGAUUGUGGUCCACCGGUGUUGAUUAGGCUAAGUAUCUGACGCGCUCCUCCCUAACCUUGUAAAUAUAACAUCAUUUGUAUUAGGCAUUUGACUUUCUUUGCACAUUUGCUUUGUAAACACUGGGUCGGUACUUUCGCCUUCAUCACACAUGAACUUCCCAACGUGACUAUGUAAUUUGUGAAGUGAAUCUAGUGCAAGAUGAGCAUUUGUGGUUAAAGAGGGUGAAUAAAUUAUCAGGAAUUUAUUUUAUGGAAGUGAACUAAUCCUUUAAGAAGCACCCUAUGUCUGCAAAUCACCUUAUCUAUUUUUCUUUGCAGUGAAAAACACUAGAAUCGUAAGAUCACCACCACCACAGACACGAGAGGAGCUUCUACAGUGUAAGUUUCCGAUAUAGAACUGAACACGCAGAAGCAUUUAUUUUCUGAUUGUGAGGUAAUGCAACAUAGUCCUUUAUGUUUGGUGUACUA